AUGAGACCUUAAACAGCCAAACCAAAAUUAGCAACAAACGAAUAUACAAAAGAAAUUGAAUUCUUAAAACAAUAAAAAUUAAUAGCAUAUGGUGGUGAUCCAUCUAAUUUGCCUUAAAUAUUUUAAAAAAAUCCAGCAUUUCUAGUUUUAGAUGAAUUAUAAGCAGAACUUUUUAAUGCAAGAUGUCAUGAUACAGGUGAAACUGUAUCAAUUGAAAGAGUAUAUUAUAUAUAAUAUAUAUAGGCAAAAAUCUUUAAAGAGGAGUUCAAUAAAAUCAAUUCAAAAAAAUUUCCUGAUGUAUUGAAUUUAUAUUCAAUGAGAUUAGGAGUUACAACUUUAAUUGCCUUAGCAAAUUAAAAACCUAUCUAAACAACAAUCAAUCUAGCAGAUAAUACAUUAGGAGAUUAUGCAGUUCAUGCCAUAAAAACAUUAUUAGCUAACUCCCAAAUAAAAAAUCUCAAUUUAGCUUCUAAUAUGAUAAGUCAUAUAGGAUUGGGAUAGAUUAUAGAUGAUCUCUGCAAGAAUCAAACAUUAAAAUCUUUAGAUUUGGGAGUUUUGGAUGGUAGUAUUAGAAAGAAUGCUCUUGGUUUUGAAGGAGCAAAACAUAUAGCUUAGUUAUUAUUGUCAAAUAAAAAGAUUGAAACAUUAAAACUAUAAGAUAAUGUGAUAACUACUGCAGGAGGAGAAUUUAUUGGUUAAGCAUUGAAAACCAAUUAGAAUAUUAAACAUUUAAAGAUAGCAGAAAAUGAUUUGAAAAUAGCAGGAAUAGAAACUAUUUUAUUAAAUGGUUAAAAUUUAGAAUCUUUAGAUUUGUCUAAGAAUAAUAUAAGACCAACAAUUAAAUUUUAGGAGUAUUUGAUGAAUAAUAGAACAUUAAAGAGAUUAAAUUUAGAAUUUAAUGAUUUAGGUCCAAAAGGAGUAGAAUAUUUAGCAAAUGGAAUAAUUUAACAGUAAUCUGGAUUAAUUUCAUUAAAUUUAAAAGGAAAUUAAAUUAGAGAUGAAGGAAUAUAAGUUUUAUCAGCUGCAAUAUAUGAAAGUGAAUCUUUAUAAGAAUUAGAUAUAUCUUUGAAUGAUAUUACACCUGAUGGAAUAAGAUAUUUAGCUGAUGUAUUACCAAAUAGUCAGAUUAAAAUCUUAAAUUUAUCAAAGAAUUUAUUGGGUGAUGAAUCAAUGAUUAUGUUAUGUAAUAAUAGGAUAAUGGAGAAAUUAGAUGUAUCAUCAAGUAGAGUUGCAGAUUAAGGGGUAUAUAAUGCAUAUAUAUAAAUUAGUUUAUGACAUUUUUAACAUUCAUUGGAGAAUCAACAAAUUUCACUCAUUUAAAGGCUAAUGAUAAUUAUAUAAGUGAGAAAGUUGAGAAGUUGAUUUUGGAGAUUAUAGAGAAGAAUUAAGUUAUAAUAGAUUUAUAAGUAACAGGUAAUAGAUUAUCAUUGUGUUGUUUAAAUAGAAUUCAGAAAAUAUUAUUGAGGAAUUAAAAGAUAUUAGAAGAAAAAGAACCAAGUAAGAUUAGAACGGAAAUAUAUAGAUUGAAAUAUGAAUAGAAGAAGAUAUAAAUAGCAAAAGAUAAGUUGUCAUAAUAAGAGAAGGAAAUACUAUAAAUUGAAGAUAAGAAAUCAUAAGUUAUAGUGGAAAUGGAAAGAAUUAAAUAAUAAGAAUAAAGUAAAAGAGCUGGAUUGUAAGAGAGAAUUACUGAUUUAUUAAAUUAAAUAGAGAAGAAGAAGAAGAUAAUAGAAGAUAAAUAGGCUGACUUUGAAAGAUCAAAAUAAUUAAAAUAACAAGAAUUAGAUGCUUAGAGAAAUGAUUAUUAAGUUGUAUAUUAGAAAAGAAAGGAAUUAGAAUAAGAGUUUGAAAGAUUAUAAAAGGAACUAGAUGCUUAAGAAUAGAAAUUUAAAGAUGAAUAAUUUAAAUUGGAAGAUGCAAUAGCAGAUAAGAAAGCAAAAGGAGAGGAUAUUGAGAAAUAGACUGCAUAAUUAAGAGAAGAGUUGAUGAAACUUUAGAAAUAAUAAUUUGAAUAAAAUAAUUAGGCUGAGAAAGAGUAAUAGAUACAACAAUAACAAUAAGUGAUUAAUGAAAAAGAAGAGAAGGCUGAGAAUGAUAAGUAACCUGAAUAAGUUAAUAAAAAUGAUGAAAAAUUAAAACCCAAAAAAGCCACUAAGAAGGGGAAGAAGAAGAAAUGA